AUGUUGGACAACGGAGAGACCAAGUGUGAACACUCAAAAACAAAAUUUGAGUGUUUGACACCCAACGCCGAUGGUAUAGAAGACACGAUCAUCACCAAUGUCGUUUGCUCCUCUUGCAAUAAAACGCUAGCCACACAACAUACUUGCAUUUCUGCUACAGGGUACGACGUGAAAGAUCAGGAAUGGGCAGAUAAGAACAAACAUUUAUUUUACGAUCAUUUGGUUGUGACAACUUUGAUGACCAUGACCAUCUACCGUUCCAAACAAAGACGUUCUUCUCCUGAAGGUAUCGAAAGGAUUUUCAUCCAUAUGAACCCAAAAACCACCAUUGAUGAAUUAUUGCAAGAAAUAUCUCUGUCGUUUCAGUCGAUGAUUCCUGCUAACUCGGAUAUUCAUAUCAAAUAUGUAAAACACAAUGGAUUAGAAGAAUCGAUGAUCGACAAUACGAGCUUUCAGUCGUUUCUAACACAUCUUUACGAUCCCAACGUGGAAAAGGAAUACAAAAAACUCUACGUCAAAGUGGCCAAAACAAAAGACAGUUCUUCAAGGAGUUGUUUUCACAUGUGCCGACAAUCUCCAGAAGAAGAUGAUAUUGAGAUCCCAGAAGGAUAUAGCUGUACACAUGGUUCACAACGUCAGGCAUCGAGUUCAAACACCUCUCCCAAACAUUCACUAUCCCAAAAACUUCAUGGUUCUUGCUGUAGUACUUCAACCGGAUUACAAUGUUAUUCUCAGGAAGUCUUGAACACUCACGUCCAUACUUUGGACGGCAAUGAGGAUGAUAUGAACACCAUUAAACUGUUUGAAGACGAUCCCAUUCCAAACACUACAGAUGUGCAACAGUACCAUCUGGGAAUCAUGUACUACUAUGGAGAAGGUACGGCAGUAGAUUAUUCCAAAGCAUUUGAAUACUUCCAAACGGCUGCCCAUCAAGGAAAUAUUAAGGCUCAAUUAUAUCUCGGAGUCAUGUAUCAUAAUGGAGAAGGUACUGCUCAGGACUAUUCCAAAGCAAUGGAAUGGUACUUCAAAGCUGCUACACAAGGAGAUGAUUAUGCACAAUUGAAUCUAGGAGUCAUGUAUCAUAAUGGACAAGGUGUGAUUCAAAAUGAAGGCAAAGCCUUCAAGUGGUAUGAAAAAUCUGCCAAUCAAGGCAAUGCAAAGGCUCAGUAUAGCCUCGGAUUGAUGUACGAACACGGAGAAUAUGUUUCCAAAGACUGGUUAAAAGCCAUUGAAUAUUUCCUGAAAUCAGCAAAACAAGACAAUGCAGAGGCCUUGUUUCGCUUGGGUGGGAUUUAUUGUCAUGGACGCAAUUUUUCCAAAGCUUUUAAAUAUAUUCAACAAGCAGCUCGAUGUGGGCAUUCGGAGGCACAAUAUCUGCUUGGGGUGCUAUAUUCGGGGAGAUUUCAUGUCCCACAAGAUUAUUCUAAAGCUUCUGAGUGGUAUUUAAGGGCAGCUCAUCAAGGUCAUGCUGAAGCACAGUUUGAACUUGGAAAAAUGUAUGAACAAGGACUUGGGGUUCUUUCGAGUGAUUCCCAAGCUUUGGAAUGGUAUCGAAAAUCGGCGAACAAUGGAAACACCUCUGCACUGAAAAGCCUCGUAGAAAUAGUUACAAAUUCUAGUUGUCUUUUGACUCAACUGAACAACUCAAACUCACAUAAUCUCAUUUAA